AUGUUGCAUACGAACGUUCAAAAACAGUUCGACGAAGACAAGUUGAAGGAGGCACUCCUCCAAAAGCAAAGAUGGGAAAAAUGGCAAAUGGAGUUCGUCGAAUCGCAACAAAGAGCUCGCGAGUUCAAGGCCUAUUGGGAGCGACGUCGCCAAGACGAUACGGACCUUUGGAGAGACAAAGAUUUUGCUGACGCGGUGUACAAGAUGAGUCGCGCCGGUUAUAAGGGAGAGUACGGACAUCACGAAGUUCCGGAAGAAGAUAAGACUUAUCUGGAAGCUCUUCACAAACAAGUCACUGUCGGGGACUACGGUACGUGA